AACAGAAGCAUUAUCGAUGGCUCAAACGCGCUUUCGUAUGAAGCCGGAACCGUGGAAUCCAACACCAAAAUUAGGGAUACAAUGAAGAAGUUCAUCACCCGUUGUCGCAAGAUAGUGGGUAUGCUUGGGUGCGCUCACGCGGCCAACGUCCAUGAUCCUGCUCAUGAAGGGUCCAUGCGUGCCAUUGCUUCAUCAAGCCAUGCCGGCGGAGCUUCCUCUACUCAUGUUGCCUCGUCAUCCCGCGUUGUUGAGCAACAAGAGGAAGAAGAAACAGAGGACGGCGAAGAAGAGGAGGAGGAGGACGCAGAGGAGGAGGACGCAGAAGAAGAAGAGGAGGAGGACGCAGAGGAGUACGAUGACAAUGACGGGCCUCAACCGACGCAGCCAAGCCAGGGGAAGAGGGUAUCUCAUCCACACCAGGAUAUUUUGAGCCCAUCCCCGUUUCAGAAACCGGUUCCUCGUCGUCGCACGAAGUAACCACUCGUGUUGGUGAUGUCGUUUAGUACAACUAGUUGUGAGCAAGAACUUGUAUGCUAUGCUAGUGAUGUCUAUUUGGUACUUUCAAGCUUUGUUGGUGAUGUCGAAUUGCUACUUUCAAACUAUGUUCAAACUAUUUGAAAUGUUAAUUU